AUGAACGCGGACAGGUUGGAAACGGCGGAGGCGCCUCCGAAAUCGCUCUUUAGGGGUUUCCAGCUACUGAUUUCGGUGCUUUUAGUAUCAUCUUUUUAUGCGCACUAUGGAGAUAGCGAUUCUGAAUUUAUAAGCGUGAGAGAUUUUCUAUCAGAUUCUGGCAAUACAAACGCUGAUCAAUCUCAAGCGAUUCAAGACGCAUGGAAAGCGUUAUGUGCAGGAAAGUCAAAAUCUCUAGUAAUUCAUGCCAACGAAGAUUAUACUUUACUACCACAAGUGUUUCAAGGCCCUUGUGUAGCUAGUAAUCCUCAUAUUCAGAUUGAUGGAAAAAUUGAAGCGCCAAAACUGGUUAAGGAUUGGGGAAGCAACAAAACAGAAAACUGGUUAUCUUUCGAUAAGGUGUCAGGCCUCACUAUCACUGGAUCUGGUCUCCUUGAUCCCCAUGGGGAAAGUUGGUGGUCUUCUGUUAAGUUCGACUCCCGACCACAGGCACUGCAAUUUAAUCGAUGUAACAACCUUAUAUAUAAUGGACUAACUCAAAGAAAUAGUCCAAAGAAUCAUAUUUCAAUUAGUAAUUGCAUCCAAGCAACUUUAUCAAAUCUUCAUCUCAUAGCACCUGCAAACAGUCCAAAUACGGAUGGCAUUGAUAUCUCUCUUUCACAAAAAAUCAAUAUCUUCAGCUCGGCAAUCCAAACCGGUGAUGAUUGUAUUGCGAUUAAUACUGGUUCGUCCGAUAUCAACAUAACCAGUGUGGACUGUGGUCCAGGCCAUGGCAUAAGUAUAGGGAGUUUGGGGGAAGGAGGUGCCACUGAAACGGUAGAAAACGUACAUGUACAACAUUGCACCUUCACUGGCGCUGAGAAUGCCGCAAGAAUCAAGACUUGGCCGGGAGGAGGAGGAUAUGCCAGAAAUAUUUGGUACGAAGAUAUUACGCUGAUAAAUACCAAAUUCCCCAUCAUAAUCGAUCAGCAAUACGAGGAUGAUUCUUAUAAAUAUGCAAAGGGAAGUGCUGUGAAAGUGAGCGAUGUAACUUUUAGAUACUUCAGAGGGACAUGUGCGCAACCCAUUGCAAUAAAUCUAGAUUGUGAUAAAAUAGGUUGUGGUAACAUCGUGUUGGAACACAUCAACAUCACUUCUUCAUCUCCACAAACAAGUCCCAGCGCAAUUUGCCGUUUCGCAGAUGUGACUAGCAGCUUUGUCAACAUUGAUAUGAAGUGUGUUAAUCAUGCAGAUCUUCAAGGUCCAUCACCGAGUCCGGAACUUCCAUCACAGUAUGAUCAACCUCAUGCACAGCUUCCUCAAACUUCUGCUCCGCAUGCUCAAGCUCGACCGUUCUUAUCUUUUCUAUAA